GUGUUCUUGCUGGUCGCCCUCAAAGAGAAGUUGCGUUAUCUGAGCCUUGCACACAAUCCGAAGAUCGACGACGAUGCAAUACCAGCUAUAAUCCUGCUCACCAACCUUGGAUAUCUUUCGAUUCAGGCAACUGGAAUCUGCAUGCCUGGUUUUCGUCGGCUCGCAGCGGUAAUCUACACCGAGGAUCGCAUCAUUGACAUUGAAAUCCCAUUCAGAUGCGAGAAAUACAUCGAUAACCUACACAAGCAGUACCUCGUCGACCCUGGGUUACCUCUCAUCACUGAUCCCUCUGCAUGUCCGUUAUUAUCGAAUACCGCGCUCACUCGUAAUCUUCAAGCUCACGCCGACAUCAACCCCUCGAUUGUACCAACGGGAACGCGUCUAGAGAUGAUUGAGAGGUUGACAAAGCUCUUGGAACGAAGGUUGAUGGACCUCGUCGUGCGUAGUAUGAUUUGCGGAAGACCCGGGGAGGUCUGAGAUGGGUGCGAAAGCAAUGUGAAAGUUAUAAUAAUAACGAAGAGUGGCAUGAGUAUGAGUAUAACGCGGUGUUGCCGCGGUGUUCACGUUAGUACUGCGAUGGAAAUAGGCAUUAGGAAUUGCACGCGCUCCUCCUGGAAGGCGACGACACAAAGGAAUCACAUGCACAUAAUUAGCACUGUGUGAAUGAU